ACGGCUGUUUACAAUUCGUCGACUUUGCUGAACGCACAUUACCUUACGGAGCUCAGCACAUGCCACCACAGUGUCGCUCCCUCUGUUCAUGAGUGGUUCAGCAGCAGGGCUCACACUGAUAUCGAAGCGUGGAACCGGACGCUCCUACGUGAUAUCGAGACUAUUACAGGCAUUUCAGCUGCACAGCAACCUCGGAAACGGUUAUCACAAGUCCUCUCGAGUUUUACGCCAUUAUGUGCCUUUGGUCGGCCUCGCCCGUGGCAAUCUCUGUCGGCAGCAGAUUAGGCUGGCGAGUAGUGGACGGCGGGGUACGGAGGAGGAGGAAGAAGUGAAAGGCACGACUUCGAAAAACGAUACCAUGUCGCCCAUGGAUGGGAAACACGAUCCACGGGAAACCUCAUCCAGUCAAUCAGCCGAGGAGAUAGCGGCAAAAAAUGGGCGAAAGAGAUUUUUAUGGGAUCUCCAGACCUUAAAACGGACGACUGCGUACAAGCUGUCGCAACAGGUGUCGAAGGCGCAGACACAGGAACUGUUCAGCGCAUAUCACAAGUUGAAGGCGGACGGCGAUUUCGAGCGCCACGGACCUUGGCGAGGCAUAUUGACAGCGAAGCACUACCGUACACUCCUGCGAAUGUUGGCCGCAUACCCGGAGAUCAUCCCCCCACGAGAGCUGACCGCAAUCUUGUUGAUCAUGGUCAAGCAGGGCUUGCCCAUAUUUUCCUCCGAUUGGGCUUUGCUGCUCACCGCGUACGCAAAAAUAGGACAGGUCGCGGAAGCACAGACCAUAUUCGAUCAAUUGGAUGAGAACCAAAUCGACACGUUGUGCUUCAAUGCCAUGAUCGAGGGACACACCAGUGCCGGAAACUUUGAGAUUGCCGAGAUGAUUUACAAAAGGUUGAGCGAGUCGGGACAUCCGAUUACGACUAACACAACCUUAUGCAUGAUCAAACUUCAUCUGGUCUCCCAAAAUUUGGAGGCCGCUAAAGUACACUGGGACCAGUUGCGCGAAUCACUCACGGAUCGCUCGUCGAAAAAUUUCGGCAACGAUAUAUUCACGUCCACCCGAGGCCUAGUUCGAACGUACACGGCAAUCAUUCGUUGGGCGUGUGCGAGAGAUGCGGUGUCUCUCGGUCUUGAGUUCCUCAACACGAUGAUUUCCAGCAAAGUUCGCCCAACGCCGCAGAUUUUCACCUGGUUGCUCGUCGGUUUCGCGACGAUGCGAGCCAAAUCCGCCGUCAAAUCCGCCGAUGAGCUCCAUCGUCGCUUUCUCUUUCUUGAACUGACUCCGAACAUCCGCUACCUGUCGGCCUUGAUCAACGUCCAUGCACUUCGCGGUAACAUGUCCAGAAUUGGGGUGCUACUGGAAGAGAUGGCAGCCGUCGGAAUACAACCGGAUGUGCCCCUGUACAAUAUCUUGAUACAAGCUUAUGGGAAGCAGGGGAAUUUCGCGAGCGCGCAUCAAUGUUACGAAAGUAUGAUAAGCAGCAACUUGGUUCCGGAUCGCUGGACUUUCUCCACACUCAUCAGCAUGCAUGCCGACAAAGGCGAUACGGAGAGCGCCAGGCAUUGGUUCGACCUGUCGCAGAAGUCCCUUGGACAGACGCGCCCGAGAGUAAAGGCACCGCAAGAUACCGUUAUGUACACUGCCUUGCUGAUGGCAUUCGGCCAAGCCGGGGAUCUGGACUCCGCGCAUGAAGUCCUAGCUGAGAUGCGGUCAAGAGGAUUGACACCCACCGCGGUCACAUAUGCGAUCUUAAUCAAGACGACGCUGCAGGCGGGACAGUUCACGGGAGCUACAGAAUGGUUCCGAGCGAUGGAAAAGGACUCUGUGGAGCCGAAUGCACACAUCUACGGGCUGUUUGUCACUGGCUGUUUAGAGAACAAGCGAUGGCAGCAGGCUUAUAGGUGGACGAAGCAGUUUAGCGAGACAAAUCUACCAUUGGAUAGUCGGACGGCGGCCGUCUUGCUUCGGGCCACUAUGCGAUUUAAGGAACUUGAUGCUGCGGUUCGCUUGAGGAAAGCGACCUCGGAGCAGCAUGUUCAGGUGGAUCCGGCGGUGCUUGGCAGUAUGACGAUCAAGUUUGCCCAUGUGUGCAUGAAUGAGAUCGAAGCGCGCGCGGCCGGGAAAACGAUGAUCACUAAAGAUGAUUACGAUCAACGGAGAGGACCCGCACUCGUCAAAGUUGAGCGGGAACACCUCGUGGAGGAUCCGAAAUAUCAUGACGACCUCAUACUCCUCUUCAAGGAUUACCAAGCAGCUGCAAAGAAAAACCAUGAAGUAUCUAACACCAACGUAUAUGCGGCCGUCAUCGAUUACCUCACCCUACGCGGCCUGAUGGGCCAAGCAAAAGCCGUCUUCCUCGACAUGAUCAAAAACGCAUGUCGGAUGCGUCUCGGGCCCGUACAUGUCGGAUCCUACGUGUGCGCGCGAAUCGCGAGGCGCUUGGCCCCAUCCGAUUGGACGCUUGUCGGACGCUGGACAUCGGAGGUGAUGCUCUGGAUGGACCGGCAGAUCCAUGCCCAUCAAUCCCGGACGAGAGCAGAGAAGGAGAAUCGGACAGAGUCGCUGGAAAAGGAUGCGGUGUUCAAACAGCAACAAACGGGCGUGAAAUUCAACCACGAGGAGAUUAUGAGGAUGCUGCUGGCGUGUGAGGUGUUUAUGUAUGGGCGGUAUGGGAUGCGGGAUGUGACUGUGGUAUUGUUAAGGGAUCCGCGGUAUGCCGACGCUUGGCGGGUUGUUGAUCGAGCUGCGGCAAGGGUUAAUCUGGAUAAUGAGAAUAGGGUGAGCGAGGCGGGGGUUGCGGCGUAUUGGGAGGCUGUUUGCGUUUUGCGGAGUGCUGGGUUGCGACAGAGGAUGUUCGGAGAGGCGGCGGUACCGACGAUUGAUGAAGUCGACGAGGGGGUGAGGGAUGGGGCGACGAAGGAGAUGACCGAGGAGGCAUCCGUGAAUCCCGACAGUGAAUUGAGUCCCACGCAGGCGACCGAUUCCGAAGAGGCCCUAUCGGCUAUUGACCCUGCGACGCCAACGGCACCAACCCUAGAUGAAAAACUGCCCAUCAUCGAUCCCGGCUUCUCUCGCUUCUGCGGCGCCUUACUACGCCACUGCGAACUCCAUCAGCUGUGGAUUCUGAGGCGGAAGGUCAUAAUGUGGCUCGAGGCGCACGGCGUAGAAAUCAGAACCCAACUCCCGGGGGGAGGGUUGUACCGGCCGAUACGUAAAUGACGCUGUACACAACAAAUGGCGAUGGUGGUGGUGUAUGAUAGAGAUAGAGUGAUGACGGAUUUUGGUAUUUGAGAAGUAGCACAAUAGAGGCCUCAGGCGACCUUACAUGCUUGAUAUUUACUACAAGUUGCCAUCAUCGGCGAUGCCUCCGGCAGAUGUACAAUGAUGUGGAUGGCAGAUAACCAGCACGGAAAAUGGGAUGGGG